AGGCCAUAUCAGGAGCUGUUUUUGAAUUGACAGAAAGGUUUUAAAAUUCUAAGUGAACAGAUCCAUUAGCAAUUUGAGAAGAAAACGUAACACCUCUUAGUGAAGGUGCCAUUCUAAAAUCUGAAUUAUUAUAUUUAAAUCUAUAAUUGAAUAGCAAAUUUCAGUAUAUUUCUUUACUGAUAUUCACAUAAUAGAAGCAUGGCUUCUAUUUUACCUGCUUCUAAUAUAUCCAUGAGACCUGAUAAGAAUACAUAUGGUGGUUUUUACACUAGGAAGACAAUAUGAUGUUUACACGUGCAACUCUGAUUUAUUUCACUUGAAAAGGUUUGUUCAUGUUAAAAAUCCUUACUUGGAGACUAUGGAUGAAGACAUCCUCUAUCACUUGGAUUUAGGAACAAAAACACACAAUCUACCAGCAAUGUUUGGGGAUGUCAAGUUUGUCUGUGUUGGUGGGAGCCCCAAGAGAAUGAAAGCCUUUGCACUGCUCAUGCACAAGGAGCUUGGGUUGGCAGAAGGUGGAGAGGACGUUGAAGACAUCUGUGCUGGAACUGACAGAUACUGCAUGUUCAAGACCGGGCCUGUGCUGUCCAUCAGUCAUGGCAUGGGAGUCCCCUCAAUUUCCAUUAUGCUUCAUGAACUUAUCAAAUUACUGCGUCAUGCACGAUGCUGUGAUGUUACUAUUAUCAGGAUUGGUACAUCAGGGGGAAUAGGGAUUGCACCUGGGUCUGUUGUAAUAACAGACACAGCUGUGGACUCCUUCUUCAGGCCCCGGUUUGAACAGGUAAUUUUGGACAACAUUGUCACUCGAAGUACUGAACUUGACAAGGAGCUGGUUGAAGAACUAUUCACCUGUAGCAAAAAUAUUCCCAACUUCCAAACGCUCAUUGGACAUACAAUGUGUACUUAUGAUUUUUAUGAAGGCCAAGGUCGACUCGAUGGUGCAUUGUGCUCUUUCUCUAGAGAACACAAGUUGGAUUACUUAAAGAGAGCAUAUAAAGCUGGUGUCAGGAAUAUUGAAAUGGAAUCUACAGUAUUCGCAGCCAUGUGUGGACUCUGUGGUCUAAAAGCUGCUGUGGUCUGUGUGACAUUGCUUGACAGACUUGACUGUGAUCAAAUCAACUUGUCCCAUGAUGUUCUAGUGGAGUACCAGCAACGGCCUCAGCUCCUAAUCUCAAAUUUCAUCAAAAAGAAACUUGGACUUUGUGACCAGAUCUCAUAACUUGGGAGCUCAGUUCCUCUCUGCAAGUUGGUAGAACAAGAUAUAAUGUUGAAGCCACAUCAUUCUGCUUCUCUUUUCUUUCUGCCUGGUGUGGGAGAUUGAACCUUGGGCUUUAUGUGCUAGGCAAGUAUUCCAGCACUGAAUUACAGUCCGAGCAUGGUAACAUUUUUAUAUAGUUCUUAUUCCCAUGCUAAAAGCAUAAUAGAGAGGUUUCCUGAAAUCUUUUUAUCUUAAAAACUGAAUUUAUUGUAAGAAAACUUAUAUUCCCAUUAAAUUAUAUUUUGGAAUAAGUUAACUAAACCGCUCUAAUAAUUAAAAUUUAAACUCCUGAAUUGUGACAUUUGGAGUUUCAUAUUUGGCAUUAAUUAAGCUCGCAUCAAAAUAGAUCAACCAUUUGUAGAUACAGUUACCAGUCACUGUUUCUGAAACCAAUCCAGAAAUUCAUGUUAGGAUGUUGUCAGGCACAUCUAGGUGUUGGACAAGUGACACAAAUUAAUCAUGCACAUUCAAAAUAUUUACAGGAAAAAAGUCAGCAUAAUGAAGGUCUAUAUGAAAGAGUUAUCCUUAGGGAAAUGUGCCUAUACUCUUUUUUUUGUUUUAUCCCUGCAUGAUUUCAGUCACCACAGAACAGGAUUAGAGGUUUAUGUAUGCUUAUAUUUGUGAUUUUGUCACAGAACAUAACAGCUCUGGAUUACACAUUUAUUUUCAAAUGAAACCCCUUGGUAAUCCAAAGAAAGAUUUUUUCCUUCAGAAGUCACAAGUGACUAAGUUGCCUUUUGGCAAUCUGUUUUUUAAGGGAAUGCUUUGUUGGAAGACUUUUUUUUUCUCAUUUCAACUUGAACCAAAUAGUCUGAGGAAUUAGUAAUAACUGAAUUUAAACUUGAAUUCAGCAUGUUAAAGCACUUUUUGUGUGAUUUCAAAGGCAGGUCUCAUUCAGGCCCUGACACACUCCUGCCAACACUCUAGGAGACUUGGAACAUUGAUGGUCUGUACCAGGCUCUCUUUGAGUUGAUUCUGCCAUGGGAGUUCUGCUUUUGACACUCAGAAUGGGCCAAGGAUGGAGAGUCAGGGGCAGAUAGCUUGCAGACGUGUAUAAUAUGUAGGGUUGUAUGUGUUUAUUUACAUGAUUGAGGAUCAAAUAAAAUUUAUUUCCAACCAUGAUACAGAAUGCUUGGCUCCUGGGAAUAUCUGGUCUUCUGUGGCACAAUGGCGGAACAGGGUUGGAUUCCCUGUGGACCAGCUCCAGGUUCAGGAUUGACUCUGAAUUGGCCUGCUCCUGUUAAGGGAAUGCUUUUCUCUUUUAAGCAGCAAAAGUAACAUUUCCCCUAAGUGGUGCUUCAGUUUGUGAACUUCUUUUGGCAAUAGAGAUGCUUAGAGUGCAACUUUUCAGGCAUCCCAAUAACUGAUGAUCAAAUAUGAAGGACUAGAACACUGGAGUUAAGAGUAAAGAGGAAUGGCACAACACUCACUUUCUGAUAGGACUUUUCCUUUACUUCAUAGCUUAUAGAUCAGGUAGAAAUCAGUUCAGAGGGGCUCCAUAAACUUUCAGUUUUAACUUUUACUUUUUGCUUUCUAUUUUAGUGAGGAAAGAGGAAGGAGAAAGAGAGCGAGAGAAAGAGUGAAAUAUUUACAAUUGAUCUUCCUCUCAGCUCUUUAGUAGUGUAGGUGUGUAUGCUUGCAUGUAUCCGUGCAUGUAUUUUCCUCAUUAGUAUUUCCUGUCUCCAUUAAUGCUAUCAGUUACAGAAUCAGUUGCACAAGCCAGUAACCUGGGAAAAUCAUUUGAUGAUUUUCCUUCAUUUCCACAUCCAAUCACCCAUUCAAAUCCAAUAAAUUGAUUUUCCUAAAUCAUUCCAAUCUGGCUACCUCCUUCUGGCUCCUCAGCACCAGUCCUAGUCUGGCCACAAUCUUAUCUUCAUAGUGAUCUCACCUUGAUGGCCAUGAUGCCAUUCUGGGAGAUUGCUGGGUUCUUCUCUGACUUCAGAAUGAAGCCCGAGACCUUCAGCACAGCCUCAGUGGACAGACCAGAUCACUUAGCUCUCUGCCUUCCAGAACAUCACUCUGGCUUCUCUGAAGCUCAGGGCACUAUUUGCAAAGGCACAAUCCCAUGCAGAGGGCUGCUCCAGGGGUCACUGAAUGAGUGCCCGCUGAGGGGAUGAGUGAGAUUGAGAUCCACCCUGUUCCUCUAGCCGUGUGCUCUGGCUCUGGGCUUCAGUCACUGAAAGGAACUUUUCCUGAUGAUGCAACAGUAUCAUGGAGGUAAUGUGGACUCUAGGUCAACAUCCCAUCCCAUCUCAAGACCUUUGGCUGUUUACCUUCCCUGAAGGGUCUCACUUAAUGCCUGCCUAUGAUUUAAGUCCCAACUCAAAGUUUCCUUCCUUUGGAAAGCUUUCUUCUUAAUUCUAAGCCAGAUUCCUCCCUGGCCUGUCUUGCACCUCAUAACCCUCUCCCACCCCUUCUCUGCUUGGGACAUUACUUAAUUAAUGCUUAAUGCCUAGAGUAUAAGGUUCUUAAUGGUACAAGGAAUUCCCAUUGUAUUCACUGGUGUACCUGAAGCACCUAAAACUCCUCCUGUCACCUGUGAGGGGCUCAGUAUACAUGUGUUAAACAAGAAUUCUUUUCAGAACAAUUCCCUUAUGAACUCUCAACAUAAUGAGGCUGGUGGGGUGCCAAUGGAUUUGUGUAGGACACUUCCAUGUGGUUCUCAACACUGGUGCACAUUAGUUUCACCCGGAAAGUAUCCUCAAAAUGCAGUUUGAGGCCCCAUCUCAGACAAACUCAAUAAGAAUAUCUGGGAGUGGGACUAGAAAGCUCUAUUUUAAAAUGUCUCAUGGUGAUAUACACCCUGGACUGACAGCGAUUGAUUCAGAAAAAUGGAUCCAACAGGUGAACCUUCAAACCAGCUGCUAAACAUCUUCAGUGUUGGGACUUGUAAUUGUGGUACAUCAAUUUGACUGGAAUAAGAAAUACCCAAAUGAUCAGUAAAGCACAGUUCAGGGGUGUCUCUAGAAGAUUAAAGUGUUGACUAACAAAUCAAGGAGGAAGACUCACCCUCAUUCUGAGUGACAUGAACCAAAAGGCCUGGAGCCUGGAGAGAAUUUUAAAAAGGAAGAAAAACGUGAAGUUUGCUGGUUUUCAAGAACUUCAGUCUUCUGAAAAGGGCACAUCUUUUGCUGCCAUCUUGUUUCCAGGUUUCCAGUUUCUUUAACCUCUCAAGGCAAAAUCUCCCUGCUGAUGACUGCCCAGUGAGUUAGUUAUCAGACCUUAGACUGGUGUUUCAUGUUUCAUCCAUCUUACUUUGAGGGAUGCUUCUUUAUGGGCCGAGCAGCUCUCCAGCACGUGGAUGCCCAUUGUGGAUUCUCCCACCACUGAUUCCGUGGAAGCCACUGUGGACUCUCUUGCUUCUGGUCUUGUAAAUCCUAGUAAGUCCCCUCAAAUACAUACUCAUAUUUUCUGUUGAUUUUGUUCUUCCCAAGUCUCUUAACUAUUGCAGGUGGUGAUUCCACUGGAGUAGUUAUAGAAAAACCACAUUGCUCUUCCCUUGAUUCUUAUUCUUUACUGCCAAGAAUAGUAAGUAUUUUAAUCAUUUUAUAUUCUCGGCAGCAUGCACAAUGCUUGGCACAUCGUAACAUUGGAUGUGUGUGCAUAUGUAUAUAUAUAUAUAUAUAUAUAUAUAUAUAUACACACACACACAUUGGUGUUCCUUUUAAAAAUCUAGAGUACCUUUAAAAAUUACUCUACAAAAAUAUAUUGCCGUAUUUAAAAAUGAACUUUCCAGGCCUUGCAGUUAGAAAUUCUGUGCUCAUCGUAUUUUUCUAGCUACUGCAGGGUAUCACAUGUGUGGUAGAAUUGAAGAGUGGGAGUAAAAGACAGAUAAAUGGCCUCUAUUGCUUACCUCCAAGCUACAAGUCCUGUCAUUCUGUUAUGAAAAGAAAUUAAAAUUUCCUGACACAUACUGAGUUUCAUAAAGCCACACUGCUCCUUUCCUCCGGGCAUACCACAUCCAGAUAUUUUGGAGAGCUCUACAAUCUUAAUCUCACCCUUGUAUCUAAGUAAACUACUGUCUUUAAUUAUUAAGGUAUACCAUUGUUCUUUUUAAAAAGAAAUGAGUUAUAAACUGUAGACAGUGGUCUGUACUUGUAGUUCCAGCUAUUUGGAAUGCUGAGGGGCAGGACCACCUGAACUCAACCUGGCCAACACAGCAAGGCCACUUCUUAGAAGAACAAAAAGUUUUAAAAAAAGAAUAUAUAUAAUCCUUUUUUCCUUUUCCUCAGUCCUUUGGAUUUCCCCAUUUGUUAAAAAUCUUAAAAUAAUAGUGAUUAUUGAUUCUGUAUCACAAUCGUAAAAUAAAUAGAAAAAUUUUAAAUUUUCAAUCUGCUUAUCAUUCACUCUUCAACAUUUGCUUCCAUCUCUGAUGUGCUUUUCUAUUCCUCCUAAACAUGUGUCAUUUCAGUCUAGAAUCAAUUUAGCAUUCACCUUUCUAAAACCUGAGGAGAGCAAUUUUCCCUUGAGAACCAAAGCCCACCAUUAAAUUACUUUUUCCCUGGAAAUGUAAAUACAAUUUAAAUACUAUUUUAUAAUUAAAAGUAGUUUAAUAUAGGCAAACAACCCAGCAGUCAAUAUCAUAUAUUUUGUUAAGCGUUGGUCC